GCACUAAAUAAGUUAUAAAAAUUGAAUGAAAUAAACACCAAGUGUUCACUUUUUGAAGCACACUCAAGAUUGACGCGGCGUUGAAUGAAAAACUUUUAGAAAUCUUAUACUUUGAUUUGAUUGGUAAUUUUACACAAUCUUCAAUUGUUUGUAUCAAUAGUUAAUAGAAUUUAAAAGAAAUUUUGUACAAGAAUUGUUAAUGUGAAAAAAUUUUCCAGAUGUUAUCAGUAAAUUGUUUAACGGAAAUCGCAGCAUGAGAACAAUAGCAGUUUAAAGAUGGAUAGUUUUACUGUUUACUGCAAGUAAUGUAAAUAACUCCAUGUAUAUAAAAAAACUGGAAAACUUGUGGAAGUGACCAAAUUUCCGAUUGGAAAAAGUUAAAUUUUUUAUUAAAGAAGAGUUUGUCAUCGGAAUCAUCUUCAUCUUCAACUCACAAUAUGGAUCUUUAUGACAUACCUGAAAACUUUGAAACAGGAGUUUGUGGUCCAAUGAUGAAGGGUACGCCGAGGAUGAUUGAGGCUCAACGUACAAGAUCUAAAUCAGCGCCUGUACACACCCAACAAAAAUAUUCAAACAAUUCAAAUGGAAAUGCAUUACCAAAUGGAAACUCAUUUUAUCUUGAUAAUGAAAAAUUUUCGGAAAAUAAAACAGAAACUUUUUUAGUCCGAUCAAAAACCAUAUCUGAUGAAUUUUACAUACAACAAUCAAACUUUAACCGAAAUGAUCCAAGAAGAGCGACCAUGCCGGUAAAAACUAAAUUUCAAAAUAAUUUAAACGAUGAUUACUCUAAGUUAGUUAUAGACAGUAAACAGAGUAAUAUGCGUGAAAGAAGUUUACUUCAAAAUGGUUUUAAGAAUGAAGGUAAAAUGAGCUCACCUAAUAACGCCGUGAAUAAAACUACAAGUUCACUUCAUAGAAGUAAAAGUUUAAAAAUACAAAAAUCUUCUUAUAAUGUUCCAGUAGUACAACCAACUAAGUCGUCAGAGUUGCGCUUAUCAAAAACCCGAUUGGAAUCACUUAACAGUCCCCACACGAAAACGUUGCACGAUAAACUAAGUGAUUCAGAAUGUAGUUACACAACAAAUGAGUCUGAUUCAUGUUUUGUUUUUAACGCAAAUAAAUGCAAUGUAGCUACAAACUCAAAGUAUCCAACAAACUCUUAUUCUAAGUUGAAUGGAAACAACGGAAAUCCAAAAUAUAACUGUAGCAUCCAAAAUGACAGGAACUAUAAAAACAAUAACAUUCGGAAAACUGACAGUUAUUCAAAGACUCAAAUAAAAAAAUCAAACACUCGCUUCGAAGCCGAAGGCGAACCUCAUGGAAUAGAUAGUAGCAGUCUUUGUAGCGAAUCGAGACUUUGUUGCUCUCCGAUAACAAAUAUGGAUAAUUUUAGUUCACGACUUAACGAAGUCUGCAACCUAAUAACAGAAAAGUAUCCAGGCGAGUUUCUUAUUAUUGAAAGAUUAGUUGAAAUGCAAUCUGCGUAUGAGGAAUGCAAUAACUCUGUAAAUGAAACAAUAGCACAGUUAAGACAGAGAAUAGUUGAGCUAGAAGAGAGACAAAACUCGGGUAUUGCUGCGUUAGCUAUUCCUUUGAUGUAUGCAACAUCAACGUUUCAAAGCCAGAUUCAAAACAUUAUAAAUCGUAAAAACUUAACAACAGAUUUUUCUGUUCAAGUUUGCAAUGGUCAAACGCAAAAUAGUCCGUUAGACGAAAUUUCUAAUGAAGCGAAUGCUGUCGCGGCGCAUAUUGCAAGUCUUUGUUUAAACUCCGAUAUAAGCUAGUUUGUGAAACUUAUUGGAAAUCCAUAUUAAAGUACACAGAUAUUAUUUAUCUCAGCAAAUUAA